GGCGCAUGAACGCGGGAUCUGUCCAGUUUGUCGAAAUUGGCAACAAUUCAAGCGCCGGGUUGCGGAGAGCUACCGAAGGUAGGGCGCGCAAUCGGGGCCGGAUCUGUCGAAGGAGGAGGCAACAGUUCCAAGUACGGGGGUGGGUUGUGGAGAGCUAGACGUAGGGCGCACGAACGCGACGGUUCUUCACUCUGGAGGAGGCUACAUAGACGGAGCCGGUGUGUGGGUGUUUUAAUUCGAUCUCCUUGUUGUCACCGGUGGCGAGCCCUCCGCGUGCGCCUCGCUUGCUAGGCGUCGUGCAGCUGCUGUACGAUCGAGUUGAUUUUCUGUUUCUCCCCUCCGCAUCGCGGGCCCUAACUUCCAUAGCCGAUAAACAUGUCGAGCUCCACGUCCCCAAUUCAUUCUCUGCUUGCUGCCGAGGAAGAGGCGCAAGGGAUUGUCUCACGAGCCAGGGGACGAUUUUCGUAUGAAUCAGCCAGAGUACUCAACGGGCGGGUUAUAAUAGAUAACGCCGGCGAUGAUGAUAACCGAAAUACUGAAGAUGAUAGUGAUGAUGGAUGUGUCAAUAAUGAUGAUGGUGAUGGCUGUAGCAAUUAUGAUGUUGAUGAUGAUGGCUGUGGCAAUGACGAUGGUGAUGAUGGCUGUGGCAAUGAUGAUGGCGAUGAUGACGAUAAUGACGAGAACGAUGAAAAUGAUGCUGAUGCUGAGGGUGUUCAUGCUUGGGCGAUGAUGAUGCGAGCGGCUGCCAGACAGCAGAAGCUGAAGCUGGCAAAAGAAGAGGCGGAAAAGGAGAUGGCUCUGUACAGAGCAAAGAAAGAGGAAGAAUUCCGGAGCAAGCUGGAGGGGUUGGGCGAUGAGAAGGGCUUGCGGUUGCAACAAUUGGAGGAGAUCACAACUCAGAAAUCAAUGGAAAUGUGGAAUCUGGGCCAGGCUACGGUUGGAGAUGUUUCUGACUGGCUUCUCAAGCUAGUGAUGACCGUCUGAUCGUCAGAUCGUUCUUGUCAUCAUCGGUUCCUUUUCUCAUACUGUGUGUGAGGAACUACUGUUGUACGGAGGUCCUUCGCUCCGUCGUCCGUCUUGCGUCGUUUCAUCUUUCGUAGUGGUUUCCAUUGGCUUCUACACCAGGACUUAGUCGUGUAGUCUGCGGUCGUGAAUCCUUCCUCAAUCUUCCCGAAUCUUCCGCCCGUUUCUCGAAGACUAAAAUGUGCGUCAAAUCAAUAAACGUUAUCGAAGACAUAAUUUCCCUUGUCAUUCUAGAAAAGAUGAUGGUAUAUUUGUUGUUUUGCUCCCUCCUGAAGGGAUUUUAGUUCUUUCGGCUGUCUUAAUUGCCAGCAAUUUUGAUCUGUUCGUUGUUGAUUUGCUCCCCUCCUGAAGGGAUUUUAGUUCUUACGGCUGUCUUAGUUGCCAGCAAUUUUGAUCUGUUCUUGUCUCCCCGCCCCUCUGGCUUGCUUUUUUCUCAUUCCUUGUUGUCGUCACGUCUGAUCCUAACCUCAUACCCUCUUCUCGAUCUCUUUGCUCUUCUUGUGCUGCUGACUCUGGCUAUUACAUCUGGUAUUACGUCGUCCUACCUUUCAGUUUUUCGUUUGUGUUAUUAUAUCUUCCUUUUACAUCUGGUUUUCGUUUGUGUUUUUAUGUCUUCCUUUUAUAUCUGGUUCAUAUGGGGUUUCGAUAGGGUACCUAACGCAUCGGUUGGCGUCAUGUGCUGCUGACUCUGGCUUACGUUAUGUGCUGUCCGUUGCACUGUGAACGUUCUCUCUCUCUCUCUCUCUCUCUCUCUCUCUCUCUCUCUCUCUCUCUCUCUCUCUCUCUCUCUCUCUCUCUNUUGGCGUCAUGUGCUGCUGACUCUGGCUUACGUUCUGUGCUGUCCGUUGCACUACGAACGUUCUCUCUCUCUCUCUCUCUCUCUCUCUCUCUCUCUCUCUCUCUCUCUCUCUCUCUCUCUCUCUCUCUCUCUCUUCGUCUCUCCCCGUCUCUCUUUUCUCUUUAGGAGUGGAACCCCCCAAAGCACCCGGGGUUGUUUGUAGUUUAAGCUGGGUAAGGCAAGAUUUCAUGCAUGGCAUCGCAGGUCAUCGAUCAUUAAAGGAUAAAUAAGCUCGAACGAGUUAAAUGCAAGUCGACUUUGGAACUUUGGAGACUUCUGUUACUCCAGAUGCCGUUGUGAUAUCUCCUGCCAAUGCGGGCUGUGUUUAACAUAUUAUCAUGGUUUUCUAACUAUUCUUCGUUAACAGGAGAAUUAUACUCAACAGUGAACAUUUAAAACGAAGAUCCUUAAGUAACACAGGCGACCCCAAGUUCAAUGAAGUUGCCUCUACCACGAAAAUUGCGGAAUGCCCUUUGUGUAAGCCUGCCUCUUCCCCCAAUGCCCUUUGUGUAAGCAUGCCUCUUCCCCCAUAUUCCCUCGCUCAUUGUCUGCCCGUCUUCCUUUCCCAAUCGUUUCUUAUCUCCUUAGCCCUCUAGCUGCCUGCAAUUUCUUUUCCCAUUUUGCUUGCCCCCUUGUCCUGUCAUCUCCCUUUCCCUGUCAUCAUUUUGCUCUCUCCCUCGUCCCUCGUCUUGUCUCUGUUUCCCCAUUGUCUCACCGUCUCCCGUACCCGUUACCCUCAACUACUACUCGUGGAGGAUUGUGGGAUUUGAACCCACAACCUGCCCAAUUAUUUACUCAUUUUUGAGUUUUGUUCUUGCCGGGAUUUUAAACUGAGACCGGCAAAGUACAGUGGUUUGUUUCUCUCCCUCCGCCCUGAACGUUUUGAACCUGGGACCUGCGUGUAUGGUCUCUGUUUGCCUAGCAUAGCGGUAGGAUCUUGUCGGCUGGUGGGAGAUUCAGGCUUUUCUUUGAGUGGACAGACACUGUAGGCCUAGGCAGGUAGCUGCUGCUUCAUGUGACAGGUUGGGGUAAACCCUCGUUCAGACUUCAUUUGUACUAGAGGGGUGCGCGCUGCUUUCAGCACUGCCCGACGAGA